CAAUCCGCCGUGGGCAGCUGCGGCGGCGGAAGCGGAGUUCGGUUCUCGGUGGUGGCGGCUCAGCGACGGCUGCCGCGGGGCGCCCCGGGCACAGGCGGACAUGAGCUCGCAGCAGUUCCCCCGCUCGGGCGCGCCGCCCGCCGGCCUGGGACCAGCGCCGCCGCCCAUCCCCACCAGCGGCUCCGCCGGGCUCAUCGCCCCCGCCGCCACAGUGAGUGAUGAAUCUAGUCGUGACUCAGAAGGUGCUCCUAGAGAGCACAUCGGUCCUGGCAGCUCUAUACAACCUCGAGAAGAAAAGCAGGAACCAGUGGUGGUUCGGCCAUAUCCACAGGUUCAGAUGUUGACACAGCACCACCCUGUCCAGUCUGGUGCCCCAGUGACAGUGACAGCACCACCAGCACAUUUGACUCCAGCUGUCCCACUUUCCUUUUCAGACGGACUUAUGAAGCCUCCCUUGAAGCCCACCAUGCCCAGCCGGCCGAUUGCUCCUGCUCCACCCUCUACUCUCUCGGCUCCCACAAAAGUUCCUGGGCAAGUUACUGUGACCAUGGAAAGCAACAUACCACAGGCUCCAACAAUUCCAGUGGCAACAAUCAGUGGGCAACAGGGGCACCCUAGUAACUUGCAUCACAUCAUGGCUACCAAUGUGCAGAUGUCUAUCAUCAGAAGUAGUGCUCCUGGGCCUCCGCUACACAUUGGAGCUUCUCACCUACCACGGGGUGCAGCAGCUGCUGCAGUGAUGUCCAGUUCUAAAGUAACUACAGUCCUGAGACCGGCUUCGCAGUUGCCAAACGCAGCUACAGCUCAGCCAGCGGUUCAGCACAUCAUCCAUCAGCCAAUCCAGUCUCGUCCUCCCGUGACAACCUCAAGCACUAUUCCUCCGGCUGUGGUGGCAACUGUCUCGGCCACAAGAGCUCAGUCCCCUGUUAUAACUACAACAGCAGCGCACGCUACGGAAUCAACCCUCAGUCGACCCACCCUGUCUAUCCAGCAGCACCCACCCUCUGCAGCUAUUAGUAUUCAGCGGCCUGCACAGCCGAGGGACACGGCCACUCGGAUUACACUACCCUCUCACCCAGCUAUAGGAACACAGAAGCCACAGCUCCACACCAUGGCUCAGAAAACCAUUUUCAGUACUGGUACUCCAGUGGCAGCAGCAACAGUGGCACCUAUUUUGGCAACGAAUACGAUUGCUUCAGCAACCACAGCUGGUUCUGUGUCUCACACCCAAGCGCCUACAAGCACCAUUGUCACCAUGACAAUGCCCUCCCAUUCUUCCCAUGCUACGGCUGUCACGACCUCAAACAUCCCAGUUGCUAAAGUGGUUCCUCAGCAAAUCACGCAUACUUCUCCCCGGAUCCAGUCUGAUUACACAGCAGAGAGGAGUAAUCUCAUACCCCUCUCCAGUCACCGGGCAUCUCCAAACCCAGUAGCAAUGGAAACCAGAAAUGACAACAGGCAGUCGGUGCCUGUCCAGUUCCAGUAUUUCUUACCAACAUACCCGCCCUCCGCCUAUCCUUUGACUGCGCACACCUAUACCCCCAUCACCAGCUCGGUGUCCACCAUUCGCCAAUACCCAGUUUCAGCCCAGGCUCCCAACUCGGCCAUCACGGCUCAGACUGGCGUCGGAGUGGCCUCCACUGUCCACCUCAACCCCAUGCAGCUGAUGACUGUAGAUGCGUCUCAUGCCCGUCACAUCCAGGGCAUCCAGCCAGCACCAAUCAGUGCGCAGGGGAUCCAGCCAGCACCAAUCAGUGCACAGGGAAUCCAGCCGGCACCAAUUGGGACGCAAGGACUCCACCCCGCUGCACCAAUUGGCACGCAGGGACUGCAGCCAGCACCAAUCAGUGCUCAGCAGCCACAAGCCGACACCAAGACUUCAGCAGUAGUCUUGGCAGAUGGAGCCACCAUUGUAGCCAAUCCUAUUAGCAACACAUUCAACACUGCUUCUGCAGCAACUACAGUUGUGCAAACCCAUAGCCAGAGUGCCAGUGCCAGUGCACCAGCCCAGGGCUCUUCCCCACGCCCAAGCAUCCUCCGGAAGAAACCAACCACAGAUGGGCUGGCAGUCCGGAAAAGCUUAAUUCCACCUCAGCCACCUGAAGUAGCUAGCACACGUGUCGAGAGUACCAUGCGAAGCACAUCUGGAUCACCAAGGCCGGCUGGUGCCAAGCCAAAACCUGAAAUUCAUGUGUCCAUGGCCACUCCAGUCACUGUGUCUAUGGAGGCAGUGUCUAACCAAGGCAGCGAGCAGCCCACCAUUGCAGUCCCCCCUACCUCCCAGCAGCCUCCCUCUGCCAUUCCAGCAAUCAUCGCGGCAGCCAGUCCCACUUCACAGCCUGCAGCAGCACUGUCCACCAUUCCAGGAGCCGUCCCGCCUGCUCCACCAACUUCUACUACGCUUGUGGCAACACCUGCUCCUCCAUCAACCAUGAGCGGUGCCCUGUCAGCGGUGCUGGGUCCUGCCGUACCAGAGAUAAAAAUCAAAGAGGAAGUGGAGCCUAUGGACAUAAUGCGACCAGUAUCUGCAGUCCCUCCUUUGACUACAAGUACUGUGUCUCCGUCUUUGGCAUUGCUGGCCAACAACCUCUCAAUGCCUCCAAGUGAUUUGCCACCUGGUGCCUCCCCGAGGAAGAAACCCCGUAAGCAGCAGCAUGUCAUCUCCACAGAGGAAGGGGACAUGAUGGAAACAAACAGCACUGAUGAUGAGAAAUCCACUGCCAAAAGUUUGCUGGUGAAGGCAGAGAAGCGCAAGUCACCUCCAAAGGAGUAUAUAGAUGAAGAAGGGGUAAGAUACGUCCCUGUGCGUCCAAGGCCGCCUAUCACGUUGCUCCGGCAUUAUCGCAAUCCUUGGAAAGCUGCUUACCACCACUUUCAGAGAUACAGUGAUGUCCGGGUAAAAGAAGAGAAGAAGGCUAUGCUGCAGGAGAUUGCCAAUCAGAAGGGUGUAUCCUGUCGUGCACAAGGGUGGAAGGUCCAUCUCUGUGCGGCACAGCUACUACAGCUGACAAACCUGGAGCAUGAUGUGUAUGAGAGACUGACAGCCCUGCAGGAGGGACUCAUUCCCAAGAAAAAGGCAGCGACCGAUGACGACUUGCAUCGGAUCAAUGAACUGAUACAGGGGAAUAUGCAGAGGUGUAAACUUGUGAUGGAUCAAAUCAAUGAGGCUCGAGACUCCAUGCUAAAGGUCUUGGAUCACAAGGAUCGUGUUUUGAAGCUUCUAAACAAGAAUGGAACUGUCAAGAAAGUGUCCAAAUUAAAGCGAAAGGAGAAGGUCUAAAGCCAGAAUAAUGACUCUGGAAAUGGAGAAUGUGUACAGAAUGGAGUUGAACCUUUUUGUAGUUUGGGUUUAUUUUUAAGCAGAGCAUCUGAAUAAAAAGGAUGAGUUUAGGGAACAGAUGGCAACAGAUGGACAUGUGAAGCCUGGUGACCUGAAGGGAUUGUCACUGAUCUGUCAUAAUGAACAAAGAUUUUCUCUCAGGCUCAUCCCUUUUUAAAGUCUUUCCAGUCCCAUUUGUUUAACUCUCCUGAUGUGUCAGUGCCUACUAAUUGGAACUAGUGACGCAAUGUGGCGGACAGUGCUCUCCUCCUGUUCUGCAGCUUAGGGGUAAACGUACACGAGGUGUGUAUGCACCCGUAACGCAGGAGAAGAUUCUGCAGGGGACACCAGGAGGCUGACAUACAGGUAUCGAUCCAGACAGCAGCUGUGCUUCAAAGCAUUGAAAAUGACACCGCCUUUGUUACCCCAUUGAGUUCUUGUUCUUCUGACCUCCCAGUGUCUGAAGUAGCCUUCUUAAACCAGUGCCACUGCACUAGGAGAUCUGCCACAGCCAGAAUCUCCAAUGGCUCAGAAGUCCUAGCUGUCAAGUUAAAUAAAAGGAAACAAACAUACACAAAAAAAAAAAGUGGGGGGGAAAUCAUUUCAAAGUGAUUUUAUAGUGUCUGUGUGUGUGUGUCUAUGUUGGUGCUCUGGGAUACUUGUUUUGAAGUACCUCUUCAACAGAGGACUUCCUGUAGCUGGUGUAAUGUUAAUUGUAUGUACCACAUACAUCCUGAAAACAGUAAUAAAGGACUUGGAGGUUUUUGUAUGUGA